UUUAUUUUUAGUAUUUUUUUUUUUUUGGUGUGUGUUUCCCUCUCUUCCUUCUCUCCUGAGAGAGACUAGACUGGUCCUAGGGUUUGAGCUCCUUUUGACUCUUCUCUACUCUUUCUUGGAUUCCUUCUCACCCUUAUUCGUGUUUUCUUCUUUCUCGUACUUUAGUUCGUUGAACUUGUUCCCUUUUACUUUCUUCUUCUUCCGUCAAUUUCGUUUCCUUCACUCUUUGUUUUUUUUUUUUCUCUCUGAAAGUUUCCAUUUUUGAGGUCUCUCUUCUUUGAUCUGUUUCAAAGCUAUUCUCUUUUCUCCUAAUUCGUAACUUCUAGGAUUUUAUAAUGAGCUACAAGACAAACCCUUUUUGCUGAAUCUCCUUAAUUCUUCUUGAAAUGCAUUUCUCUCUGUGGAAGCAAAUUCAUCACUGUGCGUCUCUCAUCUUAGACAAGAGUAGGAGUAGGAGAAGAAGAGAUGGGUCUGAUUCAUCUGUCACUGUCAAGAAAAAAGCUGCAAUGCUUCGGAAAUUGUAUGAAGAUAAGCUCAGGGAAGCUUUAGAGGAAGCUUCUGAGAAUGGGUCUCUCUUCAAAUCCCAAGACAUUGACCAAGAUAACGGAGAUGGGAGCUUGGGUCGUUCCAGAUCCUUAGCUAGGCUCCACGCUCAGCGUGAGUUUCUGCGCGCCACUGCUUUGGCAGCUGAACGUAUCAUCGAAUCAGAAGACUCUAUUCCUGAGCUCCGUGAAGCUUUGACCAAGUUCCUUCAAAUGUACCCAAAGUAUCAAGCUUCUGAGAAGAUUGAUCAGUUAAGAUCUGAUGAGUAUAGUCACUUGUCAUCAUCGUCUUCAAAGGUAUGUCUUGAUUACUGUGGAUUUGGUCUCUUCUCUUAUGUUCAAACUCUGCACUAUUGGGAUACUUGUACCUUUAGUCUCUCUGAGAUUACUGCGAAUUUGAGUAACCACGCCCUCUACGGUGGAGCUGAGAGUGGUACUGUGGAACAUGAUAUCAAGACUAGGAUCAUGGACUAUUUGAACAUCCCUGAGAAUGAGUAUGGUCUUGUUUUCACAGUAAGCAGAGGCUCUGCUUUCAGAUUGUUAGCGGAAUCUUAUCCUUUCCAGUCUAAUAAGCGGCUUUUGACAAUGUUCGAUCACGAGAGUCAGUCUGUGAAUUGGAUGGCACAGACCGCGAGGGAGAAAGGCGCAAAGGCUUAUAACGCUUGGUUCAAAUGGCCAACGUUGAAGCUUUGUUCGACUGAUUUGAAGAAACGUUUGUCUUAUAAGAAGAGGAAGAAGAAGGAUUCUGCGGUUGGGUUGUUUGUGUUUCCUGCGCAGUCUCGUGUUACAGGUGCCAAGUAUUCCUACCAGUGGAUGGCUUUAGCUCAGCAGAACCAUUGGCAUGUGUUGCUUGACGCUGGUUCUUUAGGUCCCAAAGAUAUGGAUUCACUAGGUUUGUCAUUGUUCCGGCCUGAGUUUAUCAUUACCUCCUUCUACCGUGUAUUUGGGCAUGACCCGACAGGAUUUGGUUGCCUGUUGAUUAAGAAGUCAGUUAUGGGGAGCCUUCAGAGUCAGUCUGGAAAAACAGGAUCAGGAAUAGUGAAGAUCACACCUCAGUAUCCGUUAUAUCUCAGCGAUUCAGUAGAUGGUCUUGACGGAUUAGUUGGUUUUGAAGAUCAUGAUGACGAUAAAAUCAAAGAAGCUCAUCGUCCAGCAACUCAGAUGCCGGCUUUCUCUGGUGCAUACACUUCAGCACAAGUGAGGGAUGUGUUUGAAACAGAGCUCCUAGAAGAUAACAUCUCCUCUGAUAGAGAUGGAACUACUAGCACCACAAUUUUUGAAGAAACCGAAAGUGUUUCAGUUGGAGAGUUGAUGAAAAGCCCGGUUUUUAGUGAAGAUGAGUCAUCAGACAAUUCGUUUUGGAUUGAUUUAGGACAAAGUCCUCUUGGGUCUGAUCAGCAUAAUAAAAUUGCUUCUCCACUACCACCAAUCUGGCAUACCAACAAGAAAAACCACAAACAACGACAAUCACCUAAACCAAUACCAAAGAGUUACAGCAGUCCAAUGUAUGAUGGUAAUGACGUCCUUUCGUUUGAUGCUGCUGUUAUGUCAGUUACAGAGCCCGGGACAAACUCGACUCCUUCACGGAAUAGGAGGAACUCUAGUAACAAUCUCCAUGUUCAAGAGAUACAAGAAGAAAACUACGGCCAUAGCUGGGCAAAUGGCUCAAAAUCUUCGAACCUUUCAUCAGAAAUCAAAGAGAGUGCUAUUCGACGAGAAACAGAAGGAGAAUUCAGGUUACUGGGAAGAAGAGAUGGCGGUAGAAGCAGGAUACUGGGUGUGGAAGAUGAACAUCCGAGCAAAGGAAGACGGGUUUCAUUUAACAUGGAACGUGUUAGUCAUAGCAUAGUAGAGCCUGGUGAAGCUUCUCUAGCUAGCGUCUAUGACGAAGAGUACCAUAACACAAGUGAUGUUGACAAUGAAGACGAUGAGGGUGCGGAUGAUGAAUGGGAUAGGAGAGAAACCGAAACCGAGAUUGUUUGCAGACAUAUAGAUCAUGUGAAUAUGUUAGGUCUGAACAGAACCACGACUAGACUCAGGUUUCUGAUAAAUUGGCUUGUGAUAUCGUUACUGCAACUGCAAGUGCCUGAAUCAGGAGGCAGAAACAUGAAUCUUGUGCAGAUAUAUGGGCCGAAGAUCAAAUAUGAAAGAGGAGCAGCGGUUGCAUUCAACGUUAGAGAUAAAAGCAAAGGUUUUGUUAGUCCUGAAAUUGUUCAGAGACUCGGUGAAAGAGAAGGUGUAUCUCUUGGCAUUGGUAUAUUGAGUCACAUACGCAUAGUUGAUGAUAAACCGAGGAAUUAUAGAGCUCGGACUAAAGAAGAUAGUGCUUUGCACUUGCAGAACGAAGCCGGGAAAAACGGGUUUAUAAGAUUCGAGGUUGUUACAGCUUCUCUUAGUUUCUUGACAAACUUUGAAGAUGUUUACAAGCUUUGGGCUUUUGUGGCCAAGUUCCUAAACCCUGGUUUCAGCAGAGAAGGUUCGCUUCCUACAGUUGAAGAAGAAGAAGCAGAGGAUUCAGAGACGUGAGUUUUGUUGUAGAAAAGCACAAAGCCGCAACUUUUAGAGGGUAACUUGGAGAGGCUGACAUAACCAAUGAUUGUAUCGUCAAGAAUCCAUG